UCAAUCUCAGACAUCAAAACAAACAAACAAAAAUCAAGAAUGAUGGAUCAUGAAUACUGCAUAAAUCCGACACCAAAGGCUUCGUUGCUUCUAAUGGAGGAUGAUCUAUGCAAGAGAGCGAUCUCAAGAAACUCGUCGGCGGGUUGUUCGUCCAGGAUGUGUUUAUAUUACCGGAGCCCAGGAGGAGUUCCUUUCGAUUGGGAGACGCAGCCGGGAACGCCGAUUGAUCCUCCGCCGGAAGAAAUCGUCCCUCCGAUAAGUCCUCCGCCGGCGAUGCUAAGUCUCGGCCUCCCCAAACCCUCCAUCUCGGUCGGAGAGUCCAAACCCUCCUUUUUUCCGGUGAGGCUCAAGCUUUGGAAACACCUUCGUCGCAGCAGAUAUUUCUCCAGGUGGAGAGACCACGGCGUUCUCAGCAGACGUGACUACAAUGCUCGAGGAGGCGAUGGGAAUUCGUACAGUGGAUCGGAGAGGUACGUGGAUUUCGAUGUGAUCUAUAGCACGAGCUCUUCGUGUUCGUCUCUGUCUUCCUCGUCGGGAAACAACGAUAGGAACUUGUCCAAAGAUCGGAGUUUGACAAGUGCUUCACGACACGGCUUUCACGGCUGUUCCCCUUGGAAUCUGAGGAACAUGAGACCUGUCUUUGUUAGGGUUCCUCGAAAAUAAUGAUUCUGUUUGUACCCAUUAAUGUCGGAUCUCUUAUCCUAUAAUUUAUAACUCCUCAUCGGAAAAUAAUUUACCGUUCGGAGAUUCCUGUAAGAAAAAUCAUAGGUUUCACUCCUU